AAGCUUUUUACUCUUGAACUUGUCAAUAUGAAUGAGAUGAAUGAAAUUUGUAAAACAGUUACUUCUCAAAAGGGAAAAGUAAAACUAAACAUUUAUGGUUUCUUGUUUGUAAAAGAAUGUGUUGUGAAAAAUACUUAUUAUUGGAGUUGUAAAAAAAAAAAAUCUGAAAACUGCCCAGGCCAUGCAGUAACUAUUUUUUCUAAUAGUUCAUAUUUUCUUAAAAAAACUGCCAAGCAUGAAUACUCCCCUCAAGCAAGUAGUAGUGAAGUGGCUAUAAUAGUUGAACAUAUUAAACAACAAGCAAGAGAAACUCAGAACUCACUUGCUCAGAUUAUUCAAAAUAAUACUGCUGCUGUUGAUAAAAAUUUAGUAUCUUAUAUGCCUUCAAAAGAUGCACUUUGUAUGAGAAUAAAGCACAUUAGAGGUUCUGAAAUGCCCCCGCAACCUCAAACUCUUGAUGAAGUUGAUGUGCUACUUCCAUUUCAAUCUACUUUAAAGAGAGAAUUGUUUUAUAUUAGAGAUUCACAAUCAAAGACUGAACGAUGA